AGUUGCGAGUGGCGAGAUCACAUCAUUCAUAAUGUCUCUCUUCAUGAGUUCUCGUUGUACCGUGUGCCUCAAAAAGAUGAAUGCCGUGAAAAGUCUUCGGCCUACAGCUACGAGGAUCAUACCGACAGCUUGGUAUGGCAUUAGUGCCGUGGAUUAUGAUCCAAAGUUUUAUACUCUGGAUCCAAUCAAUGAUGGAGAAAAGAAAUUUGACAAGAUCCUGAUAGCGAAUCGAGGUGAGAUUGCCUGCAGAGUUAUAAAGACAGCCAAGCAGAUGGGAAUCAAGACAGUGGCUGUGUACAGUGAAGCAGAUGGACUAUCACUGCACACAAAGAUGGCAGAUGAGUCUGUUUGCGUUGGGCCUCCACCAACGAAUAAAAGCUACCUGAACAUGGACGCCAUUCUUGAGGCUGUCAAGUCAACAGAUGCGCAGGCCGUUCAUCCAGGUUAUGGGUUUCUGUCAGAAAACACAGAAUUUGCAAGGGAACUGACGGAGAUGGGUGUGACAUUUAUCGGGCCAAAUAGCAAGGCAAUUAGCUCGAUGGGAGACAAGAUCGAAAGCAAGAAGAUCGCCCUCGCGGCGAAGGUGAGCACGAUCCCCGGCUACGACGGCGUUGUUAAGGACGAGGAAGACUGUGUGAAGAUCUCCAACGAAGUUGGCUACCCCGUCAUGAUCAAGGCGUCGGCCGGCGGCGGAGGCAAGGGCAUGAGGAUUGCGUGGAACGACAAGGACGCAAGGACCGGUUUUCGCCUCUCAUCUCAGGAGGCCGCGUCCAGCUUUGGAGAUGACCGUCUGCUAGUAGAGAAGUUUGUGGACAACCCCAGGCACAUAGAAAUGCAGAUCAUCGGUGACAAGCAUGGCAACUACGUGUACCUAAAUGAGAGAGAGUGCUCUAUACAGAGGCGAAAUCAGAAAGUCAUAGAAGAGGCUCCUAGCACGUUCGUGGAUCCUGAGAUGCGCGUGCGCAUGGGAGAAGAGGCGGUGCAGCUCUCCCGGGCCGUCGGCUACGACUCCGCCGGCACCGUCGAAUUCCUCGUCGACUCGCAGAAGAACUUCUACUUCCUGGAGAUGAACACACGUCUUCAGGUGGAGCAUCCGAUCACGGAGGCGAUCACGGGCCUCGACCUCGUGCAGCAGAUGAUCCGCGUCGCCUACGGACACCCGCUCAACUUCACGCAGAGCGACAUCGGCAUCCGAGGCUGGGCCCUCGAGUCGCGCGUCUACGCAGAGGAUGCAUUUAAGAACUUUGGCCUGCCAUCUGUUGGCCGUUUGAUCAGCUACAUAGAGCCACUUCAUGUCCCUAAUGUUCGCUGUGACAGUGGUGUCAGGGAGGGCAGUGAAAUCAGUAUUUACUAUGACUCCAUGAUCUGCAAGCUGGUGACGUACGGAGAAACUCGCAAUGAGGUGCUGAAGAAUAUGGUGGAGGCUCUCGACUCGUAUGUUAUCAAAGGAGUGACUCAUAAUAUCCCACUUUUGCGUGACAUCAUGACGGAAAGUAGGUUUAUCAAGGGAGACAUCACCACUAAGUAUUUGGCUGAGAUUUACCCAGACGGAUUUAAAGGUUCGCAGCUGUCGGAGUGUGCCUCAAGACAGCUGAGCGCGCUAGCGGCAAUAAUCAAGUGUAAGGCGGAUGCUCGUUCUAGAAAUUUCAGCAACCAGAGCAGAAUUCCCAUGGAGCCAAUGACAACGGAUAGCAUAUGCUUGAAUGUGCAGAGAGGAGAUAAUCAAAAUGACGUUGUCGUGCGCUGGAACAAGACGAAGGAAGAAUUCUACGUGAUGUUCAACGACGGCGCGAAGGUGACGGUGACGAACAACUUCAGCCUCGCCGAUACCGUCAUCACGCCGGACGUCGACGGUGAACCGGUGACGUUCCAGCUGCUAAACAAGGACAUGGGUGGAAACAUAACGCUGCAGUACCAGGGCACGCAGUUUGUGGUCAAGGUUCUCGAUGACAAGACUGCCGACUACCUGCGCUACAUGAAGGAGACACCGACGGUUGACACGACGCGUGUCAUCAACGCGCCCAUGCCCGGCCUCAUCAAAAGCAUCUCGGCGAAGGUCGGCGACACUGUUGUGGAAGGCCAGGAGAUCUGCGUUAUAGAAGCGAUGAAGAUGCAGAACAGUCUGUCGUUCGGCGUGACAGGAAAGAUCAAGGCAUUGAAUUGCAAGGAAGGCGAAAUGGUGGAAGAGGAUGCCGUCUUGGCCGAGCUGGAAUAGUGAACUGCCGCUGAUGUUCCUACUAGUGCUACCGGAAACAAAUCAGUGCACUUAUCAUGUACUUGUCUGUAGUUAACAGAACUCUCGUAAUCUUUGUACACGGGCGUACGUUCUUACAUGGGCAAACGUGAAAGGUGGUAGCGUGACGUAGUCAAAAUAGCUGCGGUCUGUGUCAGUUUCCCAUGCAGUGUGUGAAAGUGUUUGUGGGGUUUUUGUAACUGGUGUUAUUAGGAUUUUCACUCUGCAAAUGACUAUGUCAUUUUGUCAAGAAUUGUUCGACUAGAAGUGAAUCGCUACUGAAUCGCAUAACGAGCUAGACAAACUAUGCAAUGAAUUUUGUCCAGCAGGAUAUUCAACCAGGAACAUAUUGUUCUGACUGUUGUUGUUUAAUGUUUAUAUGAAAAUGGUAGCAUCUAUGCGAAUCAAUACUGAAUUGCAUGCAGAAUUAUACUUGUAAAUAAACGAAAAUUUAAGAGUCAAAUUAAACCCAGGUUCUGUACAAUGCCUCAAAACCAUGGCCAUAUAACCAGCAUUACGCUGCCACACGUUGUCUGUCAUCGUGCAGGCACAUAACCAGGAGUAGAUAAUCUCGAAGAGAAAAAUAUUUUUCUUAUUAUUUGCUCCCGAUAUAACAGACGAUAUUUCUUAUCGUGUAAGCGGUUAUCAGGUCAGUUCCUUAGAGUAUAGUUUUUAUACAUUUAGUAAACCGUUCUAAUAAAUCUUUCAAAACAAGAAACCUCAUGGCACAUUCAGGUAUCUUACGUCGUCUCUGAAUGUAGUGUACUGAAUGUAAUCGUACUGUUGCUGUAAUGUAAUUAGCUUGCAUAUAAAUAUAGGAGGCUAUAGUGAAUAUAGUACGUGAUAAUAUAUUGUCAUAAAAACAGCAGCCAUCAGUCGGAGUAGAUGGCACUGAACGCUCGCGUGGCGCGCAUCAACGUGCUUCAGUGAGUUUAAUCUAAAGUCAUAAUUAAUAAUCCAUGUUUAGCCCGAUAGCAAGCGCAGAAAUCUAUUCCUGGUUUUUGAUCACGUAGUGCUAACAGAUUAAUCUAGAGAUCGUGUGUGUCUAUGCAGGCGUGUACGUGUCUAGCGACCACGAGUGAGAAUUGGGAAAUCAAACGUGAAGUUUGUAUUAAAUCAUUUUUAUAUCGAUGUGUUGUUCACAGCAGAAUAGAGAGACGAGAGCUGAAGUUAGAUGCAAGUGAUAAGAGCUAGUUUGCAGAAGAUAGCAGUUCGUUCUAGUAUAGUAGUUAGUUAUAAUGGCGUAGGAGCAUGUAUGUAAUGUGUGAGCACGUGUGGUUGUAUGUACCUGUGGGUCUGUGUGCGCGAAUUAAUGAUCAGUUUGUCAGGUUGGAUGAUACGGUUAUAUUUUACAUACCCUGUCCAAAUCGGCCCCACCCCUCUUUUCUUCGCCUGCUAGAGUAAGUGGUGCAGUAAUGUGCGAUAGCUAUAAUAUAAUAUCAAGAGUACAUAAUAACACCUGUAUGUUAUUAUGUAUGUGCACACAGGUGUUAUUAUGUACUCUUGAUAAUAUAAAUGCACUUUACAUUGUAGACUAUUGUGAUGUGUAUGACUAAUGACCAGAUUCUGCUGCUGCUGCUGCUGCUGCUGAUUGUGAUGAUGAUGAUGAUGUUGAUGAUGAUGAUGAUGGUGGUGAUGAUGGUGAUGCUCCUUAGCUCAAAAUGUUGACAGAUUUGUGCAGCGCUGUGUAAAAUGGAUACGAAUAAGUCGAUGCCAAUAAUAGCCGAUAAAUUAUUAGGAGAAAUGUGCGUUGAGUUCUGUUAUGUUACAUGUUCAGUGGCAGCGUAUGGUGCGAAUUGCUUAACUUGGUACCAGUUCUUUCAAAUUGAGGCCGUGGCUACGCGUCCGGUUACCGGACGCCCAGCUCCCAGGCUACGCAUCCGGUCAAAUAUUUCUUAUGUGAACCCAACUACAUUUUUUCAGUAAAAAAACAAGAAACAAUAAGUUUUUACCAUAAUAUUACUUACCUUUCGGUAUUUUAUCAAAAAAUGUGUUUUUGUAACAUUUGAAGCAAUAGUAAAUCCAGUAAAAUCAACGAUUUGAAAGGGGCGUGGCCUAAUCGUGACGUGGAUUUGGGAAUCUGUGCUGAGCCUUGUAAUUGAUGACCGGACUCGUAGCCACUGCGUAAAAUUAAACAUCGGUCUCUCUGUGUGAAGUCCGAUUGAACGCAGCAUGUUCGUUGUGGCGUGUACAUUUGAGAUAUAGUAUUUAUUAGGGUUUGUUGUUGGAGUGUAAAACCAAAAGGUCUAACUUGUGAGGUGUGAAUUCUAAUCAGUAUACGAAACGGAAUAGCUACGCAUAAUGACAUAUAAUUAUUUUUAAGAAAUUAGUAGGCUACGCGAAAACUGUUGUUCUUUCAUCCUCUUUUUGCGCUUUUCUUUUUAGCAUAUUUGUUACUAAAUUCGUUUGCCCAGCUGUUUCUCUCGUGUAGUCGCAGUAAUGUUUGUCGGGUUCACACUCGAGGUGUAAUUAGUGAAUGUAACACGUUGUUUACAACCCUACUCACGUCGAUGAAGUUUGUCGUUAGGAGAUGAUGCGCGCAGCACGCGCCAGCGAUGUGUUAUCAAGAGUACAUCUAUUAUUUAAUCUUGGUGUUAUGGAGCUAUAGCAAGAUGAACUAGUCAUGGGUCGUAGAAAUCGCAGUCGUGUUGUUUACAACUAACGGGGCUCAAAUCAACGGUUGUCACGAUCGCAUCAAAUAAACCACGAUACUAUAUUUCUUGGCCAAAU